AUGUAUAUACUUGCAUUACAUCGCACCGGCAAAGCGCCCCACGAAUCGCCGCCAAGCGAAGCCCUAAACGCUGUCACGCGAGAUCCCUUGCUUCGUCUCACUCGGGCGGAGACGCAGCCCUUCGGUGGAGAGAUCCGUUCGCAGGGACGAGGUGAGCUCCUGGUGUCCCUGUGCCACCAGCCGGCUGCCAACCGCCUCACCGUCGUCGUCCUCAAGGCGCGCAACCUCCCCAAGAUGGACAUCACCGGCCUGUCAGACCCCUACGUGAAGAUCUACCUGCUGUACAACGGGCAGCGCGUCGCCAAGAAGAAGACGCACGUGAAGAAGCGGACGUUGAACCCGGUCUUCAACGAGUCGUUCGUGUUCGACCUGCCGGCGGGCGUGGUCGGCCUCGAGAGUAUCAGCCUCGAGUUCCUGCUCCUCGACUGGGAUCGCGUCACGAAGAACGAGGUGAUCGGCCGCCUGGAGCUUGGCGGGUCCCGGGCGACUGCCUGCGGGUCGGCCAACCACCACUGGAGCGAGGUGGUGACGUCCCGCGCCGUCAGAUCGCGGAAUGGCACAAGCUUCGAGAGUAAGGUCGAGACGAAGGGCGGCGUCUCCCUUUCGCGGAGAGGGAGGAGGGUUAGGAGGGCCGUUGGAUAUGUGUGCUGCAUUCCUGAUUCCUCCUUCACUGCUGUUUGUUUCUCCCCUUCAUUGCACUUGUCGAAGGUGCUGCCUCAGAAUCAUUUUGCAAAACAAAUAUCUCCAAGAUUAUGUGAAAUAAGGUGCAAAUGCAUACAGCUGAGAAUUAUUAUUGUUCAAUGAAUAAAGAUGGUCACUUCUGCGACAGACACAAGUAUCUAUUGCAUAUGUUCACUCUAUCAAUGGCAAAAGAAUAAAGAAAUAUCUGUGAAUUAUAUCAGUACAAAAAUAUAUGUGUAUGUCGUUCCAGGUCUGAUUAGAGACAGUAUUGCAGAGAAAAGAGCUUUGGUAUCCGAGAUAGACUAUACAUCAGUCCAAAUGUAACAUCAUCAUAUUGGCUUCUUACGUUGACAGAAUUGUUUUUGGAUGUAGUGUUAUGAGUUCGAUAAACAUCUUGCCUUAAGAUGGACUUCAGAAAGAAUUAUGGUUGUAUGCGAAUAGAACAUGUAUACAUAUAUUAAUAAAUUUGUAUAAUAAA